AUGGCACAGGCAGAGAAGCAGAGCAUGAAUAGUAUGCUCCAGAAUCAGACUACAGCUGUUGAGAAAGGAAUUGACGAUUCAAAGGCAAUGAAGGCAAUGUCACAACUGAAUCAAACCAAUAAAGAGGAGGAAGAGAAACGUAUUGCAAGACAAAAGGCAUUGGCAGCAGUAAAGGUUGAUAAGGCAGAUAUUGAAUUGAUCUGUAGCGAAUUGGAGACAACAGCCGAUGUUGCCGAACUAGCACUGCGAGAGAAUGAUGGUAAAGUUGUACCUGCCCUAGAGUCACUAAUAAACACGAGAAAGUAG